AUGCAAAAAAAAUACCAUAAAAUGGUUAGCGAAGCUGCAGAAUCUUUUUUAACAGCGAAACCAGUUGACAUUCAGAUCAACGAGUUUGCGAGCAAAACAAUAAAAACGAACAGAAAAGUCUUAUGUUCAGUUAUCUCAUGUAUCGUCUUCUCAGGCACUCAUGCUUUACCUCUUCGUGGGAAAGAAUCGAGUGGGGGUGUUUUCCAAGACUUGUGUAACUUUCGAAUUGAUGUCGGAGACAAAAUUUUGCAGGAGCAUUUUAAACAUGGCGCUAAGAAUGGCUCAUACAAGUCAGUAAGGAUACAAAAUGAAAUAAUUGACAUGUGCGGCCGUGUAAUGAGAAAAGAAAUUUUUGAAAUAGUCAAAAAAGCAAACUACUGCGCAAUAUUAGCUGACGAAACCGUUGGUCUUUCAAGCAAAAAACAGUUAUUAAUUGGUUUGAGAUAUUUUGAUGAAGAAGAAGAAGAGAUUCGUGAAGAAUUUACAGGGUUUGUUCAGCCCGAUGCUCUAAAUGCACAAAGCAUUGCAAAGGCAAUUGGUGAUUUCCUGAUAAAUCAUGAAGCAGAUCCACUCAAAUGUGUCGCCUUUGGGUUUGAUGGUUGCUCCACUGUGUCGGGAAAGGAAGGCGAAAUUCAAGCCAUUUUAAGGUUGGUAAAAAUAGAUACAUUUGUUGACGCUGUGUGUUUUUUAUGGUUCCUUGAACUUGGGUUCAGAGGUCACGAUGAAACCAGUACAUCAGCAAAUAGGGGCAAUUACAUGGAUCUUAUUUCACUAAUUUCUAAGUACGAUCCUUGUUUUAAAACUGAUCUAGAACAGUCCAGUGUGUUUCAAGGCACCUCAAAACGAAUUAAGAAUGAUUUGAUCUUUGCUAUUUGGACAGUAGUUUCAAACAAAAUAAUUGAUGAAAUUAAACAAACACGCUUCAAUGCAAUUAUUGUAGAUGAAACAACUGAUGUUACCAAUUUUAGCCAGCUCUCUGCAAUAGUACGAUUUGUUAAUAAAGACGGAAUUGUGCAGGAAAGAUUUUUAGGUUUUAUAAAUGUAUCAGAAGAUAGAACGGCAGAUGCAUUAUAUAAAAUUGUUUGUGAACUUUUAAAAUCGAUUAAUGAUAAUAAUAAGUUAAUUGCCCAAAGUUAUGACGGCGUUGCGGUUAUGGCUGGGCAUUUGGGGAGUCUACAAUUGAAAGUGCGAGAAACAUAUCCUAGUGCGAUAUUUAUACACUGGUUUGCUCACAAACUAAACUUAUUUUUAUCUCAAUCGGUCAUGCAGAUCAAAGAAUGCAAAGUUUUUUUUGCAACUUUAAGUUGA